UCUGCUCAACCAAAAAUUUCUAACUCCGUCACCGCCGUCGUCGAUUUCUCUGAUAGACGCCAUGAAAGUACGGACCACCCUCUUCUUCUUUCUGGCGUUGCUGAUAACCACGCAUCUGAGAGCCGCUGCCCUGGGAUUCAAGUGCUCUAGUGCCACCACUCACACCUGCCAGUCCAUGGUCGGCUACAUCGCGUCCACAAACACCACCCUUGCCGCUGUCGCCACCAAGUUCGGCCUCCGCUCCUACGCCGUUCUGCUCGGCCCAAACUCGCUUCCCCUCAAUGCCUCCGGCCACCACCCAGUCGGAUCCGGACAGACGGUCCGGGUCCCCAUACCCUGCCGCUGCACGGACGGAAGGGGUUAUUCGGAUCGGGUCCCAGUGCACACGGUCCAGGACAAUGAGUACCUCUACGUGAUAGCCACGGAAGUGUUCUCGAGUCUCGUGGACUACCCAUCCAUCGCCGCCGUCAAUCGGAUUCGGGACCCCAACACGAUCCAUAACGGGCAGAGGUUGUGGAUCCCGCUCCCGUGCAGCUGCGACCCGGUCGGGAAAAAGUUCCCGGUCAUUCAUUACGCGCACGUCGUCCUGCCUGGCUCCUCCUUGGACGGCAUCGCCGCCCAGUUCGGUGAUGAUGAGGGCCAGAUCAUGAAACUGAACGGCAUUGAGAACCCGAACCUCCUUGCAGCAGGGCAGGUCCUUGACAUCCCCCUCAGAGUUUGUUCCUCUCAGAUCCGGAAUUCUUCAUUGGACAAGUCCUUAGCGGUCGCCGGCGGCAGCUACGCCCUUACUGCACAUAACUGCGUCCAGUGCAAAUGCAGCAAUUCUUGGCAACUGCAGUGUGAACCAAAUCCUGUGGCGAAUAUGUCCGCUUGCCCCUCCAUGCACUGCAAAGGCACAAACAUGGUCAUCGGCGACUCUGUCACCGGCACUGGUUGCGGUUCGCCGACUUGUUCAUACGCCGGUUACACAAAUCAGAGCAUUCUCACGGCCAUCGCCGCCGGACAAACAUGUGUACCCGCCGCUGCUCCAACUUUGCCACCCACCGGCGCGCCCCCACCUCCACCGUCAACCGGUGCCCGGCAGCCUACUGGAGCGCCCCCCGCUCAGCAACCCACUGGUGUCGUGCAGCCUCCCAGUGUGCCCUCUUCUCCGCAGCCCAGAAGCUCUGCUCCUCGGCACCAUGCUGCAAGAUUGGCAUGGCAGCUUAUCUUCUAUGCAACCUUAGCUUUUCUGUCAUCUGCGUUUCAUUGGCAGUGUUGAAGACUGUGGUCUCGAACAAGCUUUCUUGGUCCAAUGAUGUUUAAAACUAUUUAUAGUCUCAGUAGAUUCGUCACUUUUAAAAAGUUUAACUGAAAUUGUCGGAUUUUACUUUGUUUAUAUUCUUCUU